UGUGGCGGUGGAAAUUUCACUUUUGUUUUCAGUUUUCCAAUCGCACACCCGGUGCAGCAUCCCGAGCACACGUAUGAACUGCGUUGCGGCUUCCGUUUCGACUGCGUUCGUUGAAAACGACGACGACGACAACGACGAGGAUGGUGGUGAUAACGGCGAUGAUAAGUGCAGUGCCAACACAAGAACACGCGAUGGAGCAACAAUGGCGGCAAUACCGGCCACACUAGCACCCGGCAACACGGUCAAACCUUGCCCGCUGCGAGCACCGCUCGUCGUCACCGUUGUGGGAUUGCCUUGCAGGGGCAAAUCGUUGGCCGCCCACAAAGUAGCCCGACAUCUGAGCUGGCGUGGCGAAAGCGCCAAAGUUUUUACCGUGAAUGAAAAUGCUACCAGCGAUACGCUCAAUGAGAUUAGUCUUUUCUUCAAGGAAGGAAAUAAUGUUGCGAUCAUCGAUGGUAUGCACCUGGCACGGGCCGCUCGCCAAACCGUGGCCACCUUUUGCGCCGAUGCCGUCUUUCAUCAUCUGCUGAUCGAGUUCACGUGCAACGACAAAUGCCUGCAGGAGAAUGUUGCGGACACGGUACAGUUUUACCACAAGCUCGAUCAGAACAUCGACUGGGAGCGGCGCUUCCGGGAGAGUAACGAUCACCAUACGGCACACUUUGAGCCGUGCUCACCGCUCGAGGGGCCACUGAUUACGGUCAACAACUCCGAGGACCCGAUGUAUCACUCGGUGACGGCACGUGGCGUUCGUGGUGCUAUCCAGACGGACAUUCUGGGUGUUUUGGCUAGCCCAGUUAUACGGCAGCAAACGUUUUACUUCAGCCGGCACGGUGAAUCGGAGUAUAAUGUGUUGGGACGCAUCGGUGGAGAUGCGGAUUUGUCCCCACGGGGCAUGAAGUAUGCCGAACGGUUGGCCCGACAGCUGGGAGGUCCCGGAUCGGCACCGGACAGUCCUCGGCCAAAAGUGAUCUGGACAUCUGAGCUACGACGUACGAUCCACACCGUCCAGAACAUCCCAGGCCCCCGGGCAGCUAUUAAAGAUCUCAACGAGAUUAAUGCCGGUAUCUGCGAGGGAUUAACGUAUGAGGAAAUUCAGGAAAGAUUCCCGCAGGAAUUUGCCUGGCGCGAUCAGGACAAGUUCAAGUACCGGUACCCACACGGCGAGUCCUAUUUGGAUCUGUUGCAGCGUGUAGAUAGUGUGGUGCAGGCCCUACUGACCAAUACCGAUGUGUUGGUCGUGUCGCACCAGGCCGUUCUGCGUUGCAUUAUGGCGUACUUCAAGGGAGUUAAACCAGAUGAUGUGCCGUACAUUAAUGUGCCGUUGCAUACGCUUCUAAUCGUACGAUCGUAUGGAUAUGAUUUCGUCGUGGAAACAGUUCCACUAAAGGUGGAAUGUGUAGAUACUUAUCGCAUCCAACCGAAGAACUGCUCUACUAGCCGUACCACGGCGGAUGCCCUGACGACUGUGCCGGCUCAUUUUGAUGCACCGCUUUCACAACAAAUGUCCACAAUCAGCUAG